AUGGAAAAACCCAAAUUAUAUGAGGCGGGAGCAGAGUUGAAGAAGUUCAAGGAAGGUGAGGAUGACGGGAAGUGGUUGAAGAAGUUGAGGAGAAAGUUGGAUAACAAAGAAUGGGAGGACAAAGAACAAAAAGAAAGGUGGGAAAAGAGCGUAAAGGAGUUUGAAGAAGAAAAGAAGUCAUUGGAGGCGGAGAAGAAGAGGUGGGGAGAUCAGGUGGAGUACUUACAAAAGAAACUAGUUGAAUUUGGAGAAGGGAAAG